ACGCAGUGCUGAAAUAUCUAUGUCAACCGUCCAACUCCCGCAAGUAAAGCCGCUUGUCUAAGAAUUCAAUCAACCAGCAUCUUCUCUCCCUCCUUUUUCCCCCCUUUUGUCUCACUAAAACUGCGAUACCAAUUCGCAUAUACGUAUCCGAUGAUGAUGGCCUAACACCUGCUUUAUCUCCAUCAUCCAAGGUUUGGUGAUCGGAAAUAUAUGGAGUUCUUGCCGUCGGCGUCGCCUCUCCUUGAAGAUUUCGGUCAGAAGGUUGAUCUCACCCGCCGGAUCCGUGAGGUUUUGCUAAAUUAUCCCGAGGGGACUACGGUGCUAAAAGAACUUAUUCAGAAUGCUGAUGAUGCCGGUGCUACCAAGGUCUGCUUAUGUCUUGACCGUAGAAUACACGGUUCGGAGUCUUUGUUGUCCGAUAAGCUGUCGCAGUGGCAGGGACCGGCAUUGUUGGCUUACAACAAUGGUGAAUUUACCGAGGACGAUUUUGUUAGUAUUUCCAGGAUAGGAGGUAGCACCAAGCAUUCCCAAGCUUGGAAAACUGGUCGUUUCGGGGUUGGCUUCAACUCAGUCUAUCAUCUAACUGAUUUGCCCUCCUUUGUUAGCAGUAAAUAUGUUGUACUCUUUGAUCCUCAGGGUAUGUACCUUCCAAAUGUCUCCAUGGCAAAUCCUGGAAAACGUAUAGAUUAUGUCGCUUCUUCAGCUCUCGAGCUUUACAGAGACCAAUUUCUUCCAUACUGUGCUUUUGGUUGUGACAUGAAAAGCGCAUUCUCUGGAACUCUAUUUCGUUUUCCAUUAAGAAGUGCAAAUCAGGGGGCUAAUAGCAAGCUCUCAAAGCAAUCAUAUAUGGAGGAUGACAUUUCUUCCUUGUUUGAUCAGCUCUAUGAGGAAGGAGUUCUCACACUACUUUUUCUAAAGACUGUACUCUGUGUUGAGAUGUACAUAUGGGAAGUUGGGGAACUUGAGCCGAGGAAGAUCUAUUCAUGCAUGGUCAACUCUUCAAAUGAUCAAACUAUCUGGCAUCGCCAAACGGUUUUAAGAUUAUCAAAGUCACACGAUUCUUCAGAACAAGUAACUGAUGGCUUCUCCUUGGAUGUCGUUAGUGAAGCAACAUCUCAGAUCCAUUCUCAGAAAAGAGUUGACUCUUUCUACAUAGUGCAAACAAUGGCUUCAUCAACCAGCAGGAUUGCUUCUUUUGCUGCAGCUGCCUCAAAAGAUUUUGAUAUGCAUCUCUUACCUUGGGCAGCAGUAGCAGCACAUAUAACAAAUGACUCUUCCCAUGAUAAUGAUAAUAAACUUGGACGGGCAUUCUGUUUCCUUCCUCUGCCAGUAAGAACUGGAAUGGAUGUACAUAUUAAUGCAUAUUUUGAAGUUUCGUCAAACCGUCGCGGUAUUUGGUAUGGAGCUGAUAUGGACAGAAGCGGAAAAGUUCGUUCUCUCUGGAAUAGGCUUCUUUUAGAAGAUGUUGUGGCUCCCUCUUUUGUGCAGUUGUUGCUUCAGGUUAGAAGCUUGCUGGGUCCAACUGAAUCAUACUAUUCUAUUUGGCCUAGUGGGUCCUUUGAAGAACCAUGGAGUAUUUUGGUUGAGCACAUUUACAGGAAGACAAGUGAUGUUCCUGUGUUGUAUUCAGAUGUUGAAGGGGGUAAAUGGGUUCCACCAACAGAAGCCUUCCUUCAUGAUGAGGAGUUCUUCCAAAGUAAGGAGCUAGGAGAGGCUCUUGUGCAGAUAGGAAUGCCUGUUGUCCAUUUGCCUCGUGGCUUGUCUGAAAUGCUCCUGAAAUCUGUUUGGGGUUUUCAACAGAAAUCAGUUACACCCGAUUCAGUACGGAAUUAUCUAAGGGCAGUCAGAGGGAUAACUACACUAAACAGAUCGUAUAAGCUUGUACUGUUGGAAUAUUGUCUUGAUGACCUAAUUGAUGAUGAUGUUGGUAUAUAUGCACAAGAUCUUCCUUUACUCCCUCUAGCAAGUGGUAACUUUGGUUUGCUGUCUGGAGCCUCUAAAGACAAUCUUUAUUUUAUAUGCAAUGAGCUGGAAUAUUUGCUUCUUCAACAAAUAUCAGACAGAAUAAUUGAUCAAAAUAUAACUUCCACUCUAUUUAGCAGAUUGUCAGCUGUUGCCAAGGCCUCAAGCACCAAUCUAGUUGUUUUUAAUGUUAAUCAUCUCCUAGAGUUCUUCCCUAAAUUUGUACCUGUCCAUUGGAAAUAUGAAUCAGAAGUGUUGUGGGAUCCAGUGUCUAAUGCCAGUCACCCCACUUCUGAAUGGCUUGUCCUUUUUUGGAGAUAUCUUCGAGACCAAUGUGAGAAAUUGUCCUUGUUUGGUGAUUGGCCUGUAUUGCCAUCUCUUUCUGGGCAUUUACACCGACCUUCAACACAAUCAAGAAUGUUGAGUGUGGUAGAAUUGCCUGAGAAUUUGAGGGGCAUUCUUGUCAAUUUAGGUUGCAAGAUUCUUCAUAGCAGCUAUGGCAUCGAACACCCAGAUUUGUGUCACUACGUUAAUCAAGCUGAUGCUGCUGGUGUUUUGGAAUCAAUAUUUGACGUUGCAGCUUCAAGCGGUGGAAUUGCACAAGUAUUCCAUCUAAUCACAUCAAAAGAUAGGGACGAGCUUCGACAAUUUUUACUAUAUCCAAAAUGGUAUAUUGGACCUAUGGCUGAUUCAGAUAUAAUGAAGUGCAAGAAGCUACCUAUUUAUAGAGUCUACGGUGGUGAUGAAUAUCAUGAUAUCUUUCAGAAUUCAGGUGCUGAGGAUUUGCAAAAGUACUUGCCACCACAGAAUGUUCCGGAGUGUUUGCUUUCAAGUGCAUUUAUUUGCAGCUUAUCUACUAAUGAGGAAGAAAUUUUAAAUAAAUAUUAUGGAGUUGAAAGAAUGAGAAAGGCACGGUUUUACAAGCAGUGUGCAUUCAACCAAGUUUCAGAAUUGCAGCCUGAAUUUCGUGACAAUAUCAUGCUAUCAAUCUUGCAGGAGUUACCACAGCUUUCUGUUGAAGAUUCAUCGUUCAAGGAAUCUUUGAAAAAAUUGAAGUUUGUUCCUACCAGUAGUGGUUUGCUAAAGUCACCUGAAGUGCUUUAUGAUCCUCGUAAUGAAGAGUUAUAUGAUCUUCUAGAAGAUUCAGACAAUUUUCCCUCGGGAGUAUUUGAGGAUUCUGUCAUUUUGGAUAUGCUGCAGAGCUUGGGACUUAAAACAAGUGUAUCGCUUGAAACAAUUGUGCAAAGUGCUCGUCAGGUAGAAAGGUACAUGAAUGAGGAUCCACAAAAAGCAUGCACACGAGGCAAGGUGCUUCUCUCUUACCUUGAAAUAAAUGCAUCUAAGUGGUUACCUAAUCCACCAAGUGACGGUCAAGCAACCUUCAACAACUUUUUGACAAGAGCAGCAAAAGCAUUCAAGCCACGACAUAUAAAAUCAGAAAUUGAAAAAUUUUGGAAUGAUCUUCGGAUGGUUUCUUGGUGCCCCGUUAUGGUUUCUUCACCAUAUGAAGCUCUACCAUGGCCUGUUGUUUCAUCUGUAGUUGCUCCUCCUAAGGUGGUAAGGCUAUAUGCUGAUUUGUGGAUUGUUUCAGCUAGCAUGCGGAUACUAGAUGGUGAAUGUUCUUCCACAGCUUUGUCAUAUCAACUUGGCUGGUCUGCUCCACCUGGAGGCAGUGUAAUUUCUGCCCAACUGCUUGAGCUUGGAAAAAACAACGAGAUAGUGACUGAUCAGUUGCUUCGGAGAGAGUUGGCUGUUGCAAUGCCGAGGAUAUACACUAUUCUCAUGGGUAUGAUUGGAUCAGAGGAAAUGGAUAUUGUGAAGGCAGUUCUGGAAGGAAGUAGAUGGAUUUGGGUAGGAGACGGAUUUGCAAAAUCAGAUGAAGUUUUUCUUGAAGGCCCUCUUCAUCUGGCUCCUUAUAUACGAGUUAUACCUAUUGAUUUAGCAGUUUUUAGAGAUUUAUUUUUGGAGCUUAGCAUACGGGAGUAUAUGAAACCUGGUGAUUAUGCAGAUAUUUUAGGCAGGAUGGCUGUGAAAAAAGAGUCUAUGCCCCUGGAUACACAGGAAAUUAGGGCUGCAACGUUAAUCGCCCAACAUCUGGCUGAAGUACAGUUUCAUUCUAAGAAUAUUCAGAUCUACUUACCAGAUGCGACAGGAAGAAUGACACCAGCAUCUGAUUUAGUGUACAAUGAUGCUCCAUGGCUGCUUGGGUCAGACGAGUUCGAUAACUCUCAUGUAAAUGCAAGUACUCUAGCCUUAAAUGCUAAAAGGAAUCUUCAGAAAUUUAUUCACGGAAAUAUUUCUAAUGACAUUGCGGAGAAGCUUGGCGUUCGCUCACUUAGAAGAAUAUUGCUGGCUGAGAGUGCUGAUUCAAUGAACUUGAGCUUGUCAGAUGCUGCGGAAGCAUUUGGACAGCAUGAAGCCUUGACUACAAGACUCAAACACAUUCUUGAAAUGUAUGCAGAUGGACCCGGGGUUCUCUUUGAGCUUGUGCAGAAUGCAGAGGAUGCAAAAGCCUCUGAGGUAAUCUUUCUUUUAGACACAACUCAAUACGGGACUUCAUCCGUUCUUUCUCUUGAAAUGGCAGAUUGGCAAGGUCCAGCACUAUACUGUUUCAAUGAUUCUGUUUUCAGUCCCCAUGACUUGUAUGCAAUUUCACGUAUUGGUCAGGAAAGUAAGUUAGAGAAGCCUUUUGCAAUUGGAAGGUUUGGACUUGGAUUCAAUAGUGUUUAUCACUUUACUGACAUUCCUACAUUUGUUUCUGGAGAAAACAUUGUUAUAUUUGAUCCUCAUGCCUGUAAUUUACCUGGGAUCUCUCCAUCUCAUCCUGGCCUGAGGAUUAAAUUUGCAGGUAGAAGGAUUUUAGAUCAGUUUCCAGAUCAAUUUUCGCCUUUCCUGCAAUUUGGUUGUGACUUACAAAAUCCUUUUCCUGGUACUCUUUUUCGUUUCCCCUUGAGGAAUGCCAAUGUUGCUUCCCGGAGCCAAAUAAGAAAAGAAGUUUAUGAACCUGAAGAUGUUAUGAAACUUUUCAAAUCAUUCUCUGAUGUUGUUUCUCAAACACUGAUUUUCCUUAGCAACGUAAAGACGAUUUCAAUUUUUCUGAAAGAUGGAACUAGUGAAGAAAUGCGUCUUCUUCAUCGGGUUCAUAAAGAGUAUGUUAUUGAUCCUACAGCUAAAGAUAGUGCAAAUAAAAAUCUUUUUGAUAUCAUGCAUAGCAAUCAAGACAUAAGGGAUAAGGAUCUACUUCUGAGCAAGCUAAGCAAAUCUGUAGAUGGAGAUUUACCCUCACUAUGUCAGAAAGUCGUGGUGCGAGAGCGAGGGCCAUCAGGUGAAAAGUCUCACCAUUGGAUUACCAGUGAAUGUUUAAAUAGUGGUUUCUUAAAGAACAAUCCAGUUGAUCAUAAUAGCAAGUCUAACCGAUAUAUCCCUUGGGCAUGCGUUGCCUCAUAUUUAAACUCAGUUGACAUUGAUGAAGCUUCCAGCAAUAUUUCACAUGAGGAGGUAGUUAGGCCUGACAUAUCUCAAACUUUAUAUGUUUCUCAACAGAGAAAGAACUUUGAGGGCCGUGCCUUCUGCUUUUUACCACUGCCAAUUUGUACUGGACUUCCUGUGCAUGUUAAUGCUUACUUCGAACUGUCAUCAAACAGAAGGGAUAUUUGGUUUGGCAGUGAUAUGUCUGGGGGUGGGAAAAAACGCUCAGACUGGAAUAUUCACUUGCUUGAAGAUAUCGCUGCCCCUGCUUAUGGUCACCUUCUUGUGAAGAUUGCUUCUGAUAUAGGUCCAGGUGAUUUCUUCUUUUCAUUCUGGCCAACUGCUAUAGGAAUAGAACCUUGGGCAUCAAUGGUUCACAAAUUCUAUCGUUUUGUUGCUGACUCCAGUCUUUGUAUGCUGUAUACAAAAGCUAGAGGUGGACAUUGGAUCUCUGCCAAACAAGCAAUAUUUCCUGACUUUUCUUUUCAGAAGGCAGACGAGCUUGUAGAAGCAUUGGCAGAAGCUGGUUUACCAGUUGUGGCAGUUCCCAAGUCACUUGUAGAGAAGUUUAUGGAGAUCUGCCCAUCAUUACAUUUUCUUACACCUCAGUUGCUGCGGACAUUGUUAAUCAGAAGGAAACGCCAGUUUAGUGACCGGAAUUCGAUGCUUGUGACCCUUGAGUAUUGCUUGCUUGAUUUUGGAUUUCCUGUUCCUUGUGACCGGCUAUAUGGCCUCCCUUUGCUACCUCUUUCUAAUGGAUUAUUUACAACCUUUGGGGAUAGAAAAACCGGUGAAAGAGUAUAUAUAACGAAAGGAGAUGAGUAUGGACUUCUUAAAGACCUGCUUCCUCAUCAACUUGUAGACCCUGAGAUUUCCGAUGAUCUUUGUUGUAAGCUAAAUAUGGUCGCCCAAAGUGAAGGAUCAAACAUUUACUUUCUGACAUGUGAAUUACUUGAAACUCUGUUUGUGAAGUUACUUCCAGCAGACUGGCUGCAGGCUAAACAAGUGCAGUGGGUACCUGGUUUCCAAGGCCAGCCAACUAUGGAAUGGAUGAAGUUGUUCUGGAGCUACCUAAAGAUUUCUUGUGACCACCUUUCUAUUUUCUCAAAAUGGCCAAUUUUGCCUGUUGGGAAAAAUCAUCUGCUGCAGCUUGUUGAAAAUUCAAAUGUUAUUGAAGAUGAUGGGUGGAGUGAAAACAUGUGUACUCUGUUGCUGAAAGUAGGAUGCCUCAUAUUAAGAAGCGACUUUCCAAUACAACAUCCAGAACUGGGGAAUUACGUACAGCCUCCAACAGCAAGUGGAUUAUUAAGUGCAUUUAUGGCUGUUGCUGUUAGUCCAGAGAAUAUUCCACGGAUUUUUGAUGAUGCUUCAGAGAGUGAGCUACAUGAACUUCGUAGUUUUGUUCUCCAAUCAAAGUGGUUCAAUGAUGGCUCAAUGGUUGACAUGCACAUUGAAAGCAUUAAAUGGCUCCCAGUUUUUGAGUCAUUCAGGAGUAGAAAGUUAGUACCUCUGUGCAAUCCUAUCAAAUGGCUUAAGCCGUCUACUAUACGAGAAGAUCUUCUGGAUGACAACUUUGUCCGGAUUGUGUCUGAGAAAGAAAAAGCUAUUCUCAAAAAUCAUCUGGAAGUUAGGGAACCUUCCACAACUGAAUUUUAUAAAGAUUAUGUUCUCAAUCACCUGUCAGAUUUUUUAUCACAGCAGGACCUUCUUCUGGGCAUUAUAAAGGACAUAAAACUUUUGAUCGAAGACGACACAUCAAUCAAGGAAGUACUUUCUAGUACAGCAUUUGUUUUGGCACGUGAUGGAUCUUUGAAACAGCCAUCCAGGCUUUAUGAUCCUCGUGUUAGUGAGCUAGAGAAAGUUCUACACAAAGAAGUGUUUUUCCCUUCAGAGAUUUUUUCAGAUCCUGAAACCCUGGAUACACUAGUUGUUCUUGGACUUCAACAGAACCUAGGAUUUAUGGGCUUACUUGAUUGUGCAAGGACAGUUUCUUUGCUAGAAGACAUGAAAGACCCAGAUACAGUCAAUUAUGCAAGAAGGUUAAUGAUUUGUUUAGACGUGAUUUCGUUUAAGCUCUCAAAUGAUGGAGUUGACAAUAGUGGAAAGUUCAGAAAUGUCACAUCUACUGACAUAUUUGUUUCUGAUGAUGGGGUAGAAGAGCACACUCCAGAAAAAUCUGAGAAAAACUUCUAUGACGAUGUGGAAAUUGGUUCGCUUGCAAGCAUUUUGGUUGAACAUAAGCCAGGGGAAGAUUUUUGGUCCACACUGAAAUCCAUUUCCUGGUGUCCUAUUUAUGUUAAUGCACCAGUACCAGGUCUUCCAUUAUUAAUGUCAGAUCAUCUUGUUGCUGCUCCAAUUAAUGUGAGACCCAAAUCACAGAUGUGGUUGGUUUCAUCAAAGAUGCACAUAAUAGAAGUGGAGUGUCAUUCUGUAUAUCUACAGUCUAAACUUGGAUGGUUGGAUCCUCUAAAUUUGGAUAUUUUGUUCACUCAAUUAGUUUGCCUAUCGAGGUCCUUUACGCAGCUUCAAUUAGAUUCUAGAGUGGAACCUGCUACUUUGGCUGCACUUCAAGACCACAUACCCCUACUUUAUUCUGAAUUGCAAGACCAUAUUUACACAAAUGAGUUUAUGGUUCUCAAGUCUUCUCUCGACGGAGUUUCCUGGGUUUGGAUAGGUGACGAGUUUGUGAAGCCUAAUGCUCUUGCAUUUGAUUCACCUGUGAGAUUUAGUCCUUAUCUGUAUGUGGUGCCAUCUGAGCUAUCUCAAUUCCGAGAUUUACUCUUGAGCUUAGGCGUCAAACCUAGUUUUGAUAUUUCUGACUAUUUCCAUGUGCUACAACGGUUACAAAUAGAUGCUAAGGGUUUCCCUUUGUCAUCUGAUCAACUCACAUUUGUUGGUUGCAUUCUAGAAGCUGUUGCAGACUGUUGCACAGAUAAACCAUUAUUUGAGAACUCUUCUACUCCUUUGUUAAUUCCAGAUUCUUCUGGUCUGUUAAAGAAUGCUGCAGAUCUUGUGUACAAUGAUGCACCAUGGAUAGAGAAUAUAGCAAUAGGAAAAGAUUUUGCCCACUCAAUGAUCAGCAAUGAUUUGGCUGAGAAGUUGGGGGUGCCAUCUCUUCGUUGCAUGUCUCUAGUCCAUGAAGAAAUGACUAAAGAUUUACCAUGCAUGGACUAUCCUAAGAUAACCGAGCUUCUGGAUUUAUAUGCAAACAGUGAAUUUUUACUAUUUGAUCUUCUUGAGUUUGCUGAUACCUGCAAAGCUACAAAACUUCAUUUGAUCUUUGACAAGAGGGAACAUCCACGCCAGUCUCUAUUGCAGCACAAUCUAGGUGAAUUCCAAGGUCCCGCCUUGAUUGCAGUCUUGGAAGGUGUGGGCUUGAAUAGGGAUGAGAUGAGCAUCCUUCAGUAUCUUCCUCCUUGGAGACUUCGUGGUGAUACCCUGAACUAUGGGUUAGGGCUGCUUAGUUGUUUCUCUGUAUGUGAUCUACUCUCUGUUAUAUCGAGUGACAACCUUUAUAUAUUUGAUCCUAAAGGAAUUGCACUAUCUGGGUCUUCUGGUUGCUCUCCAGUGGCUAAAAUGUUCUCCUUGACAGGUACUGGUCUGACAGAGAAAUUUAGGGAUCAGUUUUCUCCCAUGCUGAUCGGUCAGAAUAUGCCAUGGUCGGGUUCAGAGUUUACUGUUAUUCGCAUGCCACUUUUUCCCAAUUGCAGUGGGAACGAAGCAGAGUGCAAAGAAAAUAAAAUUGAACAGAUAUUUGACAAGUUUAUGGAGCACGGCUCUAAAGUUCUUUUAUUUCUCAAGUCUCUUUUGCAGGUCUCACUAUCAACCUGGGAUGAAGGAAGCCUAAACCAACAUCUAAAGUAUUCAGUUUCUGUUGAUUCAUCUCAUGCUAUUACCAGGAAUCCUUUCUUAGAGAAGAAGUGGAGAAAAUUUCAGUUGUCAAGGAUAUUCAGUAAUUCAAGUGCUGCAAUCAAGAUGCAUGCAAUUGAUGUGAUUUUGUACCAAGAAGGAAGCACCUUUGCGGACCGAUGGCUCAUUGCCCUUAGUUUGGGCUCUGGGCAAACAAGAAAUAUGGCACUUGACAGGCGGUACCUUGCAUACAACUUGACACCAGUUGCUGGAGUGGCGAUACACAUAUCCCAGAAUGGCCAGCCGGUCGAAUUGACUAACCUUCUACGCUCUGUUAUGUGCCCUCUUCCCUUAUCUGGUGGUAUGCAUAUACCAGCUAAUAUUAUUGGAUGUUUCCUCGUGCGUCAUAAUGAAGGCCGUUAUUUGUUCAAGUACCAAAAUGCUGAUGCAACAGAGACAAGGCCUGACGCAGGUAAUAUACUGAUAGAAGCUUGGAAUCGAGAACUCAUGUGUUGUGUCCGUGAUGCCUACAUUGAGUUAGUGUUAGAAAUGCAGAAGUUGAGAAAAGAGCCAUCAAGUCUUUACAUGGAUUCCAGCUUGUGUCGUGCUGUUAGCUCGGUCUUGAAUUCCUAUGGAGAUCACUAUUCUUUCUGGCCUAGGUCUCUUGGCCAUGCUCCCAGUGAUCAUCUGGUUGAGGAUACUUUGUGUCUGCCCACACAGGUCCUAAAAGCUGACUGGGAGUGUGUAACUGAUCAGGUAAUAAGGCCUUUCUAUGCUCGUCUUAUUGACCUCCCUGUAUGGCAGCUGUACUCGGGAAACUUGGUUAAGGCUGAUGAGGGGAUGUUCCUUGCUCAGCCUGGGAGCGGAGUAGGUGGUAAUGUGCUUCCUGCCACAGUUUGUGCCUUUGUCAAAGAACACUAUCCUGUAUUUUCUGUUCCAUGGCAAUUGGUUACUGAAAUUCAGGCAAUAGGAGUUACAGUGCGCCAGAUCAAGCCUAAGAUGGUCCGCGACCUUCUUAGGAUGUCAUCUACUUCAAUUGCUCUUCAUUCAGUGGACACAUUUGUUGAUGUUCUCGAGUACUGCUUGUCUGAUAUUCAAUUAUACGGCCCAUCUAGUUCAUAUACACCCAAUACUUUAAAUGAUGCUGUUGGUGUUCCAGUAUAUAGGGGGGACAAUGAAUUUGAGAGUGCCUCUUCCAUGUCAAAUUCUAAUUGGCAAAGACUUCGUGGUAUUAAUCCCAGUCCUCAUACUCAAGGAGGAGAUGCUUUAGGAAUGAUGACUAGUUUGGGCAAGGCUUUAUUUGAUUUUGGCAGGGGAGUUGUUGAAGACAUUGGCAAAACUGGCGGUCCCUAUGCUAAUAGGAACACUGGUUCUGGUGCUAGUAUUGACAGUAUAAGUAGAAGUGGGGACUGGAGGCUUAUACUUAUGGCAAGUGAACUCAAAGGGAUACCAUUUCCUACUGCAUCCAGUCAUUUGUCGAAGUUGGGGGGUAAGGAAAUGUGGCUUGGAAAUAAGGAACAACAAAUUUUGAUGACUAAAUUAGCUGCAAGAUUCAUCCAUCCCAAAGUAUUGGAAAGACAAGUCCUGGCGGACAUACUAUACGACCAGAACAUUCAGAACCUUCUAAAUCUCCAAAAGUUUUCUCUUCGAUUAUUAGCUGAUCAUAUGAAAUUAUUGUUCCACGAAAGUUGGGUCAGUCAUGUCGUAGGUUCGAAUUCAACUCCAUGGUUUUCCUGGGAAAGUGUUAGGAGUUCUGGUGACCAAAUAGCCCCUUCUCCUGAAUGGAUUAGGCUAUUUUGGAAAAGUCUUUCUGGCUCAUCCGAAGAUCUUUCCCUUUUUUCUGACUGGCCUCUUAUUCCUGCUUUUAUUGGUAGGUCAGUUCUAUGUCGCGUGAGAGCACGUCAUCUGGUCUUCCUUCCACCAAAAAUGACUGAUUCAGAGUUGAGCAGUUAUACUUUAGAAGAAGUUGCAAAUGAAAAUAACCUGAUUGAAUUUUCUUCUGAGUUUGAAUUCAUCAGACCCCACCUUUUAUCAUAUCAAGUAGUCCAAAACAAAUACCCUUGGUUGUUGACAUCGUUAAACCAGUUUAAUAUACCCAUUUUUGAUACUACAUUCAUCGAAUGUGCUGAGGCAUGCAACUGUUUGCCAAUUCCUGGUCAAUCAAUUGGGAAAAUUAUUCUAUCCAUGCUUGUUGCUGUUAGACAUUCUGGGUAUUUUCCCGAUCUUACAUGUUCGUUGACUUCAAACCAUGAUGAGCUUCUCACCCUCUUUGCUUCUGAUUUUUGUGCUAAUGGUUCCACAUAUGCUACAGAAGAGCGUGAAAUCCUGCGAGAUUUCCCAAUUUAUAAAACUGUAGUUGGGUCCUACACCAGAUUGCACAACCAAGAACUCUGUUUGAUCUCUGCAAGUUCGUUCCUCAAGCCACAAAAUGCUUGCUGCUUUUCUUACCCUACAGGUUCCAAUGAGAAUGUACUACUGCAGGCCCUUGGUAUUCCUGAAUUGCAUGAUAAGCAGAUAUUUGUGAAGUUCGGAUUGCCAGGAUUUGGAGAAAAACCAGAUUCAGAGCAGGAGGACAUUCUGAUUUAUCUUUUUGCAAAUUGGCAAGAUCUCCAGUUUGAUUCCUCUGUCCUUGAAGCCUUGAAAGAGGCAAAUUUUGUAAGAAAUGCGGAUGAAUUUUCCGCUAUCCUAUCUAAACCCAAGGAUCUGUUCGAUCCUGGUGAUGUUUUGCUGGCGUCUGUAUUCUCUGGUGAGAGAGAAAAAUUCCCCGGAGAAAGGUUCAGUACAGAAGGUUGGCUUCAAAUACUCAGGAAAAUAGGUCUUCGUACUGCAUCAGAUGCAGAAGUCAUACUUGAAUGUGCCAGGAAAGUGGAAUCUAUGGGAGCUGAAUCCACAAAAUCUAAUGGCGACUUUGAUGAAUUUGGGUCUAGCAUAUCUAGUACAGAUGAAAUUCCACUAGAACUAUGGUCAUUGGCUGAAUCUGUUGUGAAAGCUAUAUUUUCCAAUUUUGCUGUAUUUUAUAGCAACAACUUUUGUAAUACCUUGGGUAAAAUUGCUUGUGUACCUUCUGAAAAAGGUUUUCCUAAUAUUGGUGGGAAGAGAGUGCUAUGUUCAUUCAGCGAGGCUGUCUUAUUGAAGGAUUGGCCAUUGGCAUGGAGUUCUGCUCCCAUUCUUUCUCGACAGAAUGUUGUACCGCCUGAAUAUUCAUGGGGAGCGCUUCAUCUGAAGAGCCCUCCUGCCUUUCAGACUGUUCUAAAGCACUUGCAGGAAAUUGGGAGGAGCAGUGGAGAGGACACUCUUGCUCACUGGCCGACAGCAUCAGGUAUAAUGACUAUUGAAGAAGCUUGUCUUGAGGUAUUGAAAUACUUGGAGAAGACAUGGGGGUCAUUAUCUUCAUCAGACAAGGUAGAGUUGCAAGGAGUAGCAUUUCUGCCAGCUGCAAAUGGUACACGCCUGGUAACAGUAAAUUCUCUUUUUGCACGAUUGACCAUAGAACUCUCCCCAUUUGCAUUUGAGCUCCCUGCUCCAUAUCUUCCUUAUGUGAAGAUACUCAAGGAGAUGGGUCUUCAAGAUUUGUUAUCUGUUGCUUUUGCAAAGGGUUUUCUCUCAAAUCUCCAAAAAGCUUGUGGAUAUCAACGCUUAAAUCCUAAUGAGCUUCGAGCUGUCAUGGAGAUUUUACAUUAUAUCUUCAAUAAAUCUGAUGAAGAUAACACGCAGGAGAGAUCAAACUGGGGAUUAGAUGCUAUUGUCCCUGAUGAUGGCUGUAGAUUGGUUCAUGCCAAUGCAUGUGUAUAUAUUGAUUCUUAUGGUUUGCAUUUUGUGAAAUAUAUUGAUACUUCUAGGUUAAGAUUAGUUCACCCUGAUCUUUCCGAGAGAAUAUGUGCAACCUUGCAGAUCAAGAAGCUGUCUGAUGUAGUCACUGAGGAAUUGUGUUGUGGUGAACAUAUGAAGAUACUUGGACAGAUUGGUCCGGUUUCACUUACUGCUAUCAAACAGAAGUUGCUUAGUAAAUCAUUUCAAAGUGCAUUAUUGCAUGUUGCCAACAGCAUUAAGGUUGGAACACCUGGAUUGAUUAACAUAAGUUUGGAGAAGAUACAAACUUCAGUAACUUCUAUUGCAGAGAAGUUACAAUUUGUUCGCUGUAUCCAUACUCGUUUUUUGCUUCUUCCAAAGGCUGUAGACAUUACCCGUGUAGAAACAGAAUCUGUUGUUCCAGAGUGGGAAGGGGAAUCCCAACACCGAGCUAUUUACUUUAUUGACCAAUCAAAAACCCAUAUGUUAAUUGCUGAACCACCAAGUUAUAUGUCUGUUAUUGAUGUCAUUGCACUUGUUGUGAGCCGUGUUUUGGGUUCGUCAGUUCCUCUUCCUAUUGGAUCUCUAUUUAUUUGUCCUGAAGAAUCAGAGACUGCAAUUGCAAAUGUUUUAAAACUCUGUUCAGAAAAGAAGGUAACUACUGAUGGUGGUGGAACUGACGGAGGAAGUGAUUUCCUUGGUAGGACAAUCUUGGCACAGGAUGCAAUGCUUGUACAACUUCACCCUUUAAGACCGUUCUAUUCCGGAGAGCUUGUGGCAUGGCGAACACAAACUGGAGAAAAAUUGAAAUAUGGUAGAGUAGUGGAGAAUGUGAGACCAUCAGCAGGCCAAGCACUUUACAGAUUUAAGGUGGAAACUGGUCCAGGGGUGAUUGAGUUUCUUCUGUCUUCUCAUGUUUUCUCAUUCAAAGGUGUAUCUCUACACGACGAAGCUGGUUCGUCAUCAAAUCCCAGAGAUGGUUUGGAUGAUCAUAGAGUUACGGGAAUUCAGGAAGAGGAAACUGGAAUUUCUGGAAGAGGCAAAUCACAAACUUCUCAACAGCAACAACAAGCAAACAAGGAACUGAAUUUGGGGAGAGUCUCAGCUAUGGAGCUAGUUCAGGCAGUUCAAGAGAUGCUUUCUACUGCUGGGAUUAGUAUGGAUGUGGAGAAACAGUCCUUACUACAAAGAACACUAAUCCUACAAGAACAACUUAAGGAAUCUCAGGUCGCAUUGCUAAUUGAGCAGGAAAAAUCAGACAUAGCAACCAAAGAAGCCGACACAGCUAAAGCUGCAUGGAUUUGUAGAGUAUGUCUGAGCAAUGAAGUAGACAUCACUAUAGUCCCUUGCGGUCAUGUUCUUUGUCGAAGGUGCUCCUCUGCCGUAUCCAGGUGCCCCUUCUGUAGGUUACAAGUUUCUAAAACUCUCAAAAUUUUCCGCCCCUAAAAAUUUCAUCUGCAUUAUUAUUUUUGUUCUCUCUUCCCAUAGAGAAACCAUUCUUUACUCUAACGUUCCCUGAGCUGCUCGCUAAUGUAUAUGUUUAGUUGUAAAUUGAGGAUAAUGUCACCUGAAAAUCUGGUUGCGGCUUUGGUAACACCCAUUGUAUAUAUAAAUCUCUGAAUUGUUUUCCAACAGUUGUAUGGCGUGCUAUGUAAUCUUUGAAACAAAUGUGUACUAAUUUCUGUUCCAUCACUUGGAAUCCUUUGUUCUA